AUGGCCGGUCGCGAACUGAAGGCGCUGUUGAACAGUGGCGAGCAGGGCGCUACUUACACUGCUACGAUCUCGAUCGCUGGCGCCACUGUGGAGCUCCCCCCCGAGCAGAGGAAGUGCUUCUCCGAUGAUAAGCAUCCUUUCACCGCGACCUCCUUCGACUUUCUCGCGUGCGUUGUAGUUCGGAAGUGCGUGUCCCCGUCGCUCCAGGAGGCGAUACAGGUGGUGCCCUCCAAUGUUGUCGCGGACAUCGUCGCGGGUGGUGAGGCCGCGCACGUGGUGUUUGAUGGUCUGCUUGGAUGUAAGCUGGUCGCGUUCUGCAUCUGGCCCGGAGUACUCAACGACCUCGAUGCGGUUGUUGGACACGACCCUGCGCCUCGCAUCGCCAAGCCAAUUGCCAGUACGCUGACCACAUUGCGGCAGGAUGCGAAACGCGCCGCGGAGGAGCUCGCGUUCAGGUCCAGGUGCGGGAUCGCGGACGGCCAUGGGGGGGAUGCUCACGGCAAUGAACGUGUGAGGUCGCACGAACAGCCGGCGGGAUCACAUGUUUCGGGUCGCGAUGCACCCGCACUCAAUACAGCUCUUGCGCUCGCGAACGCAGGGGAGGGGGAGCAAGGGGAGGGGGAGCAGGAGAAACCGGACAAGGAGGAGGGAUCGAGCUCUGACCGCGACGAGGACGCCCCUGUGAACGCGCCGCAGGGUUUGCGUGCCAAGAACGCGCAGGAGGAGGCAGACGAGGCAGAGGGACAGGGUCGCGGAGAGGACGAAGGGGAUGCUGCGGAGGAUGACCAGUGCGGUGAUUUGGAGCUGGAGGCUUCGGAAGAAAUGGAGGGGGAAGAGGAUGAGGAAGAGGAGGAAGAGGUGGAGGAAGUCGCGGCCAACAAUGCCGGGCGGGCGGCGAGCGCGGUCGCGGGUGCAGGGAAGAGUAUUCGCGGUCUGCAGGCGGUGCUGUCCCCCCGUCACGGUAGCGCGACCCCGUCAACAGAGUAUGCGGGCAAGAGUCCUGUCGCGGGCAAGCGUAAACACUCGGAGCUGGUGAAGAUGGAUCAUGCUAAGCUGGCCGCGGAGAUCCUCCGAUUGGACGAGCAGGUGAAAAAUCAGAAGCGCAAGCUGGACGAGCUCGUGUCCGCAAAGCCCGGUACAGAACACGCGGUGGUGAUCACGCAGAGCUACGACGGGCUCGUGGCCACGGUAGAGAAGGCGCUGCUUCACGUGCGGAACACGGAACGGGUGAUACGCAGGGAAGCCCAGCUGGCCGGGAAGGACAGGGAGGAGAACCGCGACAUGCGGGAGGUGCUGAAACGCGCUGCUGUCCGCUUGGAAGAUUGCGCGGCUAGCAUGAAGGGGGUGGUCGUGGACUCCAUGGAGAACGCCCAGAAGAAGCUGACGGACGAGGUCGCACGUAAGAUCGACGGCGCGUCAUCCAUUAUCGCGGGAACCGCCGAGAAAGCGAUCACCACAAGCGGCGUCACCAACUCUCUCAACAUCAUCAUCGCGAUGCUUUCCGGUCGCGACGCUCUGCGACAAGUCACUGAUGGGCCGCAGGGGAAGGUGUCUGACGAGGUCGCGGAGAAGGAUGCAGGGAAGAGGGUCGCGGAGAAAGAAACGGGGAAGAAGGAGACAGGGAAGAAGGCCGCGGACAAGGAGACAGGUAAGAGGGUCGCGGACACAGUGAAGGGUGAGAGCAGCAGGGGAGGGAAGCGGCAGAAAGGUCCCGCGGCGACUAGCGUCAGCGAUCUCCUUAAGAAGGGGGGCGCGGUCGUCGUGCACUGCGGGGGAACCACCAUGCGGGAUGCGGCUGCGGGACCACCGCAUGCCACCUCGGAAUUGGAAGCUGGUAAAGGCAAGGCCAAGGUCGAGGACGCCCCGCCCACCACCACCCCCACCACCACCGCCAUCACCAACGCGAUAGUGCCCGCGGCAGGCAACACCGCCGCGGUCGUGCAUGGACAGCCUGGACCCAGCUCCAUCGCCCCUGCAAUCCCCCCCUCUGCAGAUGUAAAGGCGAAGAAUCAGGUCCGCGGUGGUUGUAAGCCGCCUCCAACCGCGUUGAAGGCGGACCACGAGGACGACGACGACUCGGACGCGGACGAUGAGGUUGAGCUGGUGCUGCAGAGGUUCAUGGGGCCAAGCGACACCAGCGGCACUAGCGGCAAGCGCAAGGGCUGUGGUAUCCGCCCUCCGCCCAGGGGAGGAGAGGGGAUGGUGGGCGAACCGUGGCUGGGGGGAGACGUCGCUGGCUGGGACAUCACUCCUACCAAGAGAUACCACCACAUGUUCAAGGCCUACCGCGACCUCACCCGCCCCGGUUCCACCCUCGGCAACGCGGUCGCUUGGGCAGCAGCGGUGGGGAAGGAGGCUGCAGAUGAGGAGCCCGAUGUCACCAGCGCCCAAGAGGGCCUGUUUGCUGGCGCGGUCGCGUGCGCCAUAGCGAUGGUGUGGGAGACCUGCAACGGUCUCGAUCUCGAGGGUAUCGUGGAUGCUGGAUACGUCGCGGCGCAGAGUGCUGGCACUCCAGAAGAAAAGGCCCGCGCGUACGUCUCGAUCGUUAUCGCGGUUUUCAAGUGGGCCAGGAAGGAGAGUGCUCGCACGCAAUCCCCCGAGGUCACACCGAAACAGGUCGCGGAGAAGAUAGAGACCGCGGUCGUGAACCGCCUUGGUGCGCGACUUGGGGACCCCACACUGGUCGCUAUGGUCGCGCACGAGGCAGUUGACGUGCUGAUGAGCUGGAGCGACUGCAAGAUCGCGGUCAAGUCCAUGGAGGCGAACGGGCUCUAUCUUGCUAUGCCCGACAAGCGUCUGUCCGCGAAGAAGAGGUCCGCGUGA